UCUGGUGCUGCUGCUGCUGCAAGCUGCUGGUGUUGCCGUGACGAUGAUAUCCUCCCCCCUCCCACACACACACACUCUCCACACACACACACACACACACACACACACACACACACACACACACAGUAGAGAGGAGAGGAGAGGGAGCAAACAAGAUGCUAUCAUGACGCGUUGGCUUCAGGCAGGAAAAUAGACACACACACUCAUCGCCUGCGUCUCAGGACAACAUGGGGCAGCAGAACAAGCUGUAAACACAACACUGACAUCUCAUGCAACCCAGUGUUCACCAGCUAAUCUCUAACUGUCUGUCUGCGGUGAACCCAAACUCUACAUUGUUCCUAACAUAUCUUCAAGUCCGAGACUACCGGUGGGGUUUUUGUCCAACACUGUUUGUGUUUUCUGGUCUUUCUGGUGGAUUUGAGGCAUGAAACAUUCGGUGGCAGCAAAGCUGGCUCCACGCAAGAAAAAGAAAAUCAAACAGGGACAAGAAGCGAAAAGAGACUCAGCGGAGGCUGUACUCAGUUUGAACCCUCUGUGAAUGAAAUCAACACCAAGGUCUGUUGCUUUUCCCAGAAUCAGACCUAAAGAGGAUUGACUUUUUGGUGUUUCAAGAGAAAUAUAUUGCUCUGGGAAUAUACAACACGUGGAAGCAGAAGGACGUUUUAAAUGAAAUAUUUGUGGCGUUUUGGAUGCCUGGACCCCCUUUUACCCAAGAGGAAUGUAAUGGAAUAACUUACACCAAGGUUCACUGACCGCAGGCUCAAAUAAAGGGCAUGUCUCAAAUUCUAGCCCCUCCUCUUUGCAGCAGAGAGAUCAAGAAAUUAAAGCUCUGACAAAAGUGGAUGAUUGUACACUAAAAACAAGACUUACAUCUGAUUUUCCAGCUCUUUUCUGGGUGCUGUGUGGAAAAGUCCUGCAAUCAAGAGGGUACAUCUAGGUUUAAUCCCUCAGAUUUGACUGCAGGCUCCAGAAAGGGGUGUGUCUGAAUGUAUAGAUAAUUUAACUUUGACAGCAAAAAACAUGCCUCUCCUAAGAUCCAUCAUGGGCCAAGAGGUAUCAUAAGGAGUUCAUUUGAAUGUUUUGCCCCUUCCUCUCGCAUGCACAAUGGAAUAAAGUGUGAGACAAGGAGUUCACAAAAGCAAACAAUACAAACAGACAGCAGAAAACCUUGUAUCUGAACAUCCCGCCCUUUCCCCUGGCUGCAGUGUGGAAUAAGGGGUGUGUUCGGAGGUUUACCCCCACCAGGCUGCCACUCGCAGAUGGAGGCCCACCAACACUCCCCAGAUAGCAGCAGUGAGGAGUGCACCGUCCUGGAGGCUCCGCCCGGCAAAAACGCCUGCCAGCAACAUGCAGGGAAGGUGGCAGAGCUGUACUGUUCGGCCUGCGAAUGUGCGCUGUGUGAGGACUGUGUGUCGGACCAUGAAGAGCACCCUAAGGUGCCCCUCAGCCAGGCCCUGGAGCAGCACCGCAGCAGCCUGCAGGAGAGGCUGGGGGCCGUCCAGAACAGACUCCCUCAGAUUUCAGACGCCCUGUCCUUUGUUAAGGAGAUCCUCCAACAGCUGACCAAUCAGAGAGCUUCCAUCGAAGAGGACAUCCAGUCGAGCUUUGAGGAUCUGCACAAGCAGCUGGAUGUGCGGAAGAGUGUCCUGCUGAUGGAGCUGGAGGUCACAUAUGGACUCAAACAGAAGGUCCUCCAGGCACAGGUAGACAGCCUCGUCCGGGGAGAGGGGUACAUCAUGUCCUCCUGUACCCAGACGGAGGAGGCUCUGGCUGGGGAGGCAUGUGUGGCGAGCCUGCAGGUGGAGCAGGAGCUGCAGGAGAAGCUGGGGGAGCUGGCCGGCCUCAACAUGCCGUGUCUGCCGGAGGAGAACGACCAGCUGGAUCUGGUGAUGGAGACGGACGGGCUGAGGAAGUCUAUACACAACCUGGGGACCAUCGUCACGACCAGCGCGGUGGCGAGCCAGAGCGAAGCCAUGGGCGCGGGCCUGGAGCAGUGCAUUGUGGGACAUCCUGCCUCGGUUACCAUAGUGACACGAGAUAAGUCAGGAGGAGCCUGCAAGAGUGGCAACGCAAUCCUUUCAGCCGAGGUAUUCACCCCAGAUGGCAGCAUAGUGGAUGGUGAAAUAGUGGACCACAAGAAUGGGACUUAUGAGUUUGUGUACAUAGUGCCGAAGGAGGGUGACUUCUCAUUGGCUCUCCGUCUGUAUGACCAACACAUCAAAGGAAGCCCCUUCAAACUGACUGUCAGCAGGGUCUUAGAGGCAGAAGUAGAGGUGUCCCCCUCCACCACUACAGCAACCAACUCAGCAGCCUACGCCACCCCGUCCACAGGCUCCUCUGAGGGGGCAAAGAGAAGAGGGAAGUCCCCCGGUCAGAAGAAAAAGGGCUCAAAGAGGGCCAGCAGCGCCUUGGGCACCCCGCGACGCAAAACCCAGAACCCCAUCGAGGAUGACCUCAUCUUCAGGAUCGGAACGAAGGGGAGGAAUAAAGGAGAGUUCACCAACCUUCAAGGAGUGGCUGCCUCCUCCACUGGCAGGAUACUGAUUGCUGACAGCAACAAUCAGUGUGUCCAGAUUUUCACCAACGAGGGGGAAUUCAAGAGUCGGUUUGGGGUGCGGGGACGGUCGCCGGGGCAACUGCAGCGUCCCACAGGCGUAGCCGUGCACCCCAGCGGUGACAUCAUCAUCGCCGACUAUGACAACAAGUGGGUCAGCAUCUUCUCCUGCGAGGGCAAGUUCAAGGCGAAGCUUGGCUCUGGGAGACUUAUGGGGCCAAAGGGAGUGUCUGUGGACCAGAACGGUCAUGUGAUUGUGGUUGACAACAAGGCAUGCACUGUCUUCAUCUUCCAGCUGACUGGCAAGCUCAUCACCAAGUUUGGUAGUCGAGGCAACGGUGACAAGCAAUUUGCAGGUCCACACUUUGCAGCAGUGAACAAGAACAAUGAGAUCAUCGUGACCGACUUCCACAACCACUCUGUCAAGGUUUUCACCCCAGAGGGAGAGCUGGUGUUGAAAUUCGGCUCUAACGGUGAGGGAAACGGCCAGUUCAAUGCUCCCACUGGUGUAGCUGUGGACGUUAAUGGGAACAUUAUCGUAGCUGACUGGGGCAACAGCAGAAUACAGGUGUUUGACGGCAGCGGCUCCUUCCUCUCCUACAUCAACACUUCAGCGGACCCUCUGUACGGACCCCAAGGUUUGGCUCUGACCUCAGACGGACAUGUGGUGGUGGCCGACUCUGGCAACCACUGCUUCAAAGUCUACCGCUACCUACAAUGAUGGAGGCUUGGACGGAGAAAUUAAGUGGAGACAGGAGAGACAGACGGACAGAGGGAGCAGUUGUUGGAGAAAUAUGGUGCACGAUGUCAAAUUCUAGGAAUUAUUGCAUGAAACUCUACCGCUGCCUGUAAUGAUGGAAGGAGUGAUGGAUAGAAAAGAGGAGGAAGCAAAGAAGAAGGAUUAGCCAUCAUUACAUCAUUAGACCACAAUGAAAAUAUGAUCUAGUUUUGACAUCUUUGAUGAUUUUGAUAAAGUAAGACUGUCAAGAAAUUAAACAGUGGAUAGCAGAGAAUGGUGGGACAAAGAUUGGUCUUUGAACUACAUUUUCUGAAAGUCUAAAGAGGGAUGAGGAUAGUAACAGAUAAGGGGGAAUGGAAAGAUGAUGGAUCCAAGAGUUAGCUGCCAUCAUGCAAAUUUGAGAAAUAUCGCAGAAUAGGAUGCAAGAGUCACGCAAGGCUGGACUAAAAACAGUUAUGCAACGACUGAUUCAUGAUGUCAAGUUCUAGAAUUCCCUCUUUCUCCCAGUUUGGCUUUAGUAGAAAAAUGGAUGAGUGGAGGAAAAAAGGAAAGGAAGAACAAAUAAAAGGUUGCAAAAGGGAUGAUAAAAAUGUUUUGGGAAACCACUGCUUCCUAAAUGGAGUGAAGGGUGGAUAAAGGGAUCAAAGAAGCAUCAAAGGCAUGAAUAAAUAAAUAAAAGAUUGUGUUUUGGAGAGAAUGGAUUGGAAAAUUAAGUUUUCUAAUGGUCUGCCUUCUCAUGUUGUAUGUAACAGACAAUAUCAUGGCCAGUGAGCUAAAAGCGGUCUAUGUCUUGUUUUGACAUCAUUUGUUACUCCAGGUCUUUACCACAGAUUUCCCCUACGGCCUUUGUACCGUAUUUUACAUUUGUACACCAAAAUCAACUCUAACAUUUUGGAAGCUAACAUUGGCUACCAAGUCUUAGAGCUUGUCAAGGUGCUCUUGAGCAAAGCACUUAACUUUGGUUGUACUGGAAAACUCCCAGCAGUGAAUGUGUAAAAUCUGUAAGUAUGAAGCAAGGAAUUGCUUAUAAAGGGCAUCAUCACCCAGCCAAAUUUCAAUUGACUAUAUCGUUGAGUUGUGUUAAAAACACUUCACUCACUGCGAUGAUCAUGAAAAAAAUAUUACUAGAUUAAGACAUGGCCACUUUUAGCCUGUUGUCCAUUGUUUGUACAUCAGGAUUGUCUGAAUAUGGAAUGUUUAUUUUGUUUCUUGCCAUAUGCUAGUAUUCUUUACAAGUCUUAGGCAAUAGAUUCAUUAUUAGAAGUGAUUGCUUGAUUCUGAUUGUCUGAAUGAUUGAUUCAUUUGGUUGGUUGACACAGUAGCUUUGACGAGCAGCAUUGCGUCUAUCUAUGCUUGGUUUGAGUGUUAAUAUAUUUUUCCUGAGAAAUCUGUUGCAAGGAGAAAAAAAGUCUAUAAAUCUAGCCUAUAUAUUUGUGAGAAUACCUUUAAUAAUAUCAUGUAAAACGUUCCAAUUAAUUAACAUAUUUGGAAUCAGUAACAUUUUUACACGCUCGUUUCUGCUCGCUGUCUCUGUAACAAAAACAAGAGGCCGGGAGAGGAAAUUCUAGAAUGUUUCGAUUCAUUCUUCAACAUUGCCAAGGAUUCUAGAAUGGUUUAAGGAUUCUGAGAAGUGCUGUCGUUGGCUUGUACAAUUCCACAUGUUCUGUCAUCACCCAUAAAAAUCAAUGCCUUCAGUGUUCUAGAAGCAUGCCUCUGUAUUACGUGAUUGUUGACAUCAAACCACUUCGGAUUUCAACUGCAAGCUCCUGUUUUACAAACAUUUCACCCACACCUAGGAAGAUCUACAGCAAUGUUAAGUGCAGUAAAGGACAUGAGACAAAUGUGACAUUGCAAAGCAUUUACAAAUGACUUUUGAAAAAGUGCUAUAUGACAGUAAUAAUAGUAAUGUGAAGCAUUUACAUCAAUUAUUAAAUAGGCAAGAAAAGCAUUUAAGUUACUCACAUCAGCAUUCAGCUGGUCAGUUUUAACCUUUACAGAAAACAUCUUUGUCAACUAACAGAUGCUUGUGGUAGAGUGGUGUCCUAUCAAUUAUUUAAACAAUGUCUAUCAAUCUAUUGAAGCAGGAAGAAAAAACAAUAAUCAAUAACUAUGUUCACAGCUGAUCAAAUGUUUUUAGUGAAAUUUAAGUAAGUUAUUUCUUCUAUUUAUUUAUUUAUUUAGUAAUUUUAAUCUUUCUAUCUUGCCAUUUGAUUGUGUUCCACCAUGUGCAUUGAAAUUCUUAAGUGCCCAUUAUAUUUCUUCUUUUUGUAUAUUUCGUCUGAUAUGUUGAAUCAAAAUAUGAUUGUUGGUAUUUGAUACAUUUUGUAUUGACUGUUGAGAGUGGACAAAUCAGCGCUUAAGUUUUAUUCUAUUAUUUUUUGUCAAAUGAAAGUUGUCAUGCUGUGCGGGAAAAAUAAUCCAGCUAGCCAGUUAGCAAACAACAACUUGUUAGCAUUGCAUUUCUGAUCGAAACAAAUGGACAAUUAAAGUACAAAUAUAUAUAUAUGUUAGCUGUAGCUAAGAAUAGAGUACAGUACAAUGACCAAGCUUAUAAACCAUGAGCUGUCUAGGUCAGGAAGUUUAUUUUGAAAUGUUAAUACUGUCUAUUGUUUAACAAAGGUUAGUUAUAAACUAACUCAAUAGUUUUUGGUUGUUUGCGGCCUUUGAUUUCAAUGCAGAAUGCUAACAAUGCUAGGCGUACGUUUUCCAGAUAGCUAAGACAAAAUAGUUUUUUUAAAAACACUGUGAUAAGUGCAUCUUCAGUAAGAAUAGUAGAUCAAAAUGAAAGUUGUCAGAGUUCCAAAAAAGAGUUCAUGUUGUAGUUCAUUUUGUUUCCAUAAUUGUGCAGAUGGUCAGUCUGUUCAAGAGUCUGUUAAAAGUACAUUCUCUGACUUUGUUUAAGCACCCAAAAGUGCUGCUAAAUCUCCAAUUUUGACCGUCAACACCCAGCUGGGAAAAGAUUUUAGGAUUUGUUGGCGCUAUUGAUUGUUUAAACAAAAUCAGGUUGUUUCUUAAAGUAACCUGGGCCUUGGAGAUUCAGCCUUAAUGUCAGUAAUACAUAUGAAUGUUGUUGAUGUGAUGGAAUUGCCUUCUCAGUAAUCUUGAUUUGAAAUUUCUUGCAAACAUAAGUAAGAGUUAGAUAAAUACCACUUCAAACAAAUAGCAAAUUUGUAGACUUACACAUCCAUAUGAGGGAACCUUUGUUCUGAAAUUAACCUUUGUUCUGAAAUUAAAUUUUCACUAUAGGAAAAUUUCUUAUUCAACACAACAGACAAAUGCCACAUUUGUCAUUUCACAUAUUUACACAUGUGGCUUGGCUGUGUAUAAUUCUCGGUUUGCACCAUGAGACGAACAACAUUGUACAUCAAGUUUGUUUUUUUCCUCAAAUGGAUAUGUAGUGUUUUGGAACACAGCUUUUAAAGAACUUGCCUGCUCUUUCUCUCUCUGUAUUUACCGUCUGUCAUGUCUGUUCACCGGUAUGGACUGUCUCUUUAAUAUUCACCCACACUCAACAUUGAAAUAAAGCAUUGAUUCCUAAAUGGCA